UGGCUUCAAACGCUUUAGCGUUUCAAGCUCUGGAGAGGCAAGAAUUUCAUUAGUCACGACUAUGAGGCCUGAAGUACUGAUAGGUCCAAUCCAGUUGGAGGUGCAACGAAAUUGUACUUAUGAGGAGUCUUUGCAGCAUGACAUGAAUGGCGGUACCCCUCGCGUCACGAGAAGAACGAGGGGAUGUCGAGUUCCUCAGCGGAAGCCUGAAGUAUAAGAAGCGGCCAGCUCCCGUGGUUCUCCACACAUCUUCAAUCCAGUGCUGCGCUCUUUUUCCAAGAGCUCUUGAGUAUUCGAACCUCGGGCUAACCGACGAGCAUGAAAACAGAGGUUACAGCUGGUGUUUAGAUCCUGGGUUCCUUCCCUUCCACUUCCGGGUCUAUGAAAGGAAGGGGUUCAGGAUCUGAACUUCAGAUCUAAGCUCUAGUGAGGUUUUCGAAUUUUCUUGGAUCCUUGAUAAAGGGAAGGAGUCAGGGGCUCCAGACCAGCGACGAUUUCGUCUCAUGCAAGGAGUCAAUCGAUUCUUCGAUACGAGAUCGCGAAUGACGGCAAAUCAGAUCUUGCUGACAUCCGACCAAAGGCGGUUCUGAUUUGAGCUUUUGUCUGUAGAGAUCCUCCAAGUCCGACAAGAUGCACAAGCGGAACGGAAGAGGUGCUUGGAUUAUGAAGUUCGUGUGUCCAGAUCGGAGCAGAAGGCCUGUUGAAGCGAGGCUUACGUGAUAAAAUCCUCUCCAGAAGCGGAUUCUCGCGCUGUCGUUGACUGCGUCGGUGGACUGUCGUACUUCCCAAACUUGUCGUACAAAGUUUUCAUUGGAAGUAAAUUUGUUAAAAUUUUGCAUCGAUAGUUCUGGUGUUUGUUAUUUGGAUGCAGUUCAUGCAUGAAUUUCAUGUCACGACCAGCUGUGCUUCCCCAUGCAGCUGGAUCUACGUCUUUCGGGCCAUCUCAGCGAUAAGAUAAAGUUCGCUAGGCGGCGCUCUGAAGGCGCACCGAGAGGCGGGAAAUAGUUCGACGAUGAGUGUGACCAACUUUGCGGAGCGAAAGAAGGACGUUCCUUCCUGAUUCCUCGAUCCAUCAAUUUCCUCCUUGGGCAUGCAUGACCAAGGAAUAAUUGCCCAAGGAAGAAUAUGCACAUUAUGCAUGCAUGCACAAUGUGCAUAUUCUUACACAAAUUGUGCCAAUUAGCUAAUUCUUGCGUCCUCAAUUCGGAGAAAGUGACCUCGGGGUUCCAAAGGAAGAUACCAAUUCCAUCUUUUGCCAUCCUGAAGUCUGAAGCACAACUGUAAGCAAGCCGGAAAUACAAAAAACUGCGAGUUACAAGUUCAAGAACCUGAGAAGUGCCAGAGCCUGGUAUCGCUGCUUGAGACAUCGGUCUAGGAUCUGAGAUGAAAAAUCCAGUGAAUUGGCUGCACAAGAUUAGAAACCCGACGGCUUGGACUGUCCAACACUUACCUAUCUGAAUUAAAGGAGCGGUUCUUACUGACUGAAUGAAAGGAGUGUGCUGCAGAUCCCGCCUUCGAUACCUCCACCAUUUUAUGUUUAUCUAUUAGUUUCUUCAAGCAAGUUCUGGAGCUAAUCUGGUCCAUGUAUCCACUUCUUUCAUAACAACAUAAAGAACAGUCUUUUGCAAAUCCACAAGAAUUCUCCCGCCCAUAGCUUCACAACCGAACCACAUGAAUCCGACAGUCUGCAAGAAUGACGAUGAGUAAAUCAUCAAGGAGUAAUUUAGGAACCACGCCAUCGCUGCGUAUAAUGAUCUUGGCGUCUCGAGAUUUUAGUUGCAAAUCUCUUAAAAGGCCAUGUGCAACGAAGAGCUGAUGAUCACAAUCGGUAAGUUUGCCGACUGCCAAACUCACUGUGUGUGAUCAUGAGCUCUACGUUGCAGUAUGGCAGUGUGAUACUCCCGACAUGGCGGUAAAUCAAGAACCGAGUCUGUCAAGAAGUUGGGUCACACAAGCCCAGUCGAAGUGUUCUUUCCCAGCAGGAUGGAUAUUGAAGAUGGACAUAGGCAAGCUCUCCUCGAACACGAGGCCCAAACUUCCUCUGGCAUGGAUAACUCGGAGACUCGGGCCUCCACCCUCGGGAUCUCUUACGCUGCAGUGCCAGCUCGAGAUCUGCCCCCGCGCUCACCAUAAUUUCAAAGGCUUGUAACCCAAGAGCUCCCGAUACCGACAGCUCCGGGCGUACUUCAUCAACCAAGUCUGAGCCUCGGGUUUCAAAAGGCACCCGAAAAUGGCGUCCAAGUGCUUGUCCAGCAUGAAGGUGACAGAUAUGAAGCGGUCGGUGGGCCGAGCGCCCGGCACGUCUCGGCGGACCAGCAGCUCCAUGACGGCCAGAGCUCCGGGGAGGAAAUUCUUGGCGAGGUCGGGGUCAAGAAACUCGACGAUUUUGGCCGCGAAGCCAAGAAUGGCCUCCGUGGCCUCCAUUGGAAGCGCCCGCACAUUGCGAGGGUUCUCGAGAAUUUGCGACAAGAACUCGAAGUUGGUCCAAUUGGCCUGGCCGAAGUUCUCCAAAAGCCACGCGAUCCAUCGAUACUUGGUGCGCGCUCCCGCCUUGCCGCAGACCAAGCAUUUGGUGCCGUCGUCGCCGGCGACGCAUCGGGUGAAGUGGUGCGCACCGUAGGGGCUGAACUCCUUCUCGGCGACGGAGCGGUGCUUGUGAGUGCGAUGAAAGUAGGUCGUCUUGUCGACGCCCAUGGUGACCACCCGCAGCAGCGCCACGGCGUUUAUAAAGCGGCUAGUGGCCCGGGGCUUGACCAAGUACCGCAGCGACUCGCUGCACAGGUCCUGCGCGAGCACCAGGCACUUGAGGACCAUGUGGUCGGUGUUGAGAAGCUCCGCCGACUCGUACCAAUGGCACAGCGGCUCGUUCAUGUACACGAAUCCGACGAGCUGCGGCAGCAGGCUCUGGAACAAGUGGUUCAGCAGAGGAUUGCGCUUUUCGGCCGAGGUCUUGAGCCUCAGCGCGCACCGCAGGCACUUGUCCAGCCCUGACAGCACGCCCGCUGCGUUCUUGCUCACUCGGUGCUCGAGAUCGUCCACCAGAGUCAUGAACAUUCGCUCCGCUCCCGUGCCGUCCGUCACUGCUGCCUCCCAGAGCGAUUUCCGCUCCACCCACGACGCUUUCCGGGCCUUGGAGGUCUUCUUCUCCGAAUGCGACCUCCUCCUGUCCAGCUCCGCCCAGCUGCUGCCUCUCCUCGCCGCCAUCGCGGGCUCCCGAUUCGUUCUCGCUCGAAGUCCUCGAUCGCAGAUCGCGCUGCGUCGCGCUCUACGGCACCGCCACCGGCAUCACCCGAGUUCCAAAGGCCUCGAUAGGCAACUUCCGCCGCUGCUCAGAAGUUACAAACAGUCAUAGUCUGAAAAAUCGAGCCUCACUAGAAUUCAAUUCGUUUCGCUCAAGAUUCGAUCCCAUGUCGAAUUCGAGAAAGCGAGUCCGGUGCUACAUUCGAGGGUCGCUCGCUCGCUCACGAGACUUGGAACUGUCAGUGCAGUGAGUGAUUUCCCGUCGCGUGCAAGGGAGGAACUGCGCAGCCAUGGAACCUCGCAGAGCGAUCGAUUGCGCUCAUCGAGCACUCGCACUCGCUCUCGAGCGGUUCACGUCGAAGCGCCGGAGCGUCCAAUGCGCCGGUCAAGCGGCGAGGGAAAGCCAGCGGACCGAGCGCUGGGAACAUGGUCGUGACGAAGCGUCCGUCGGUCCGUGGGAUCCGGUGGAGGAACGGGGCAGCUGCCGAAAAACUCGAUGCCCAGCGCAUUGUCUCCUUCGUACGUGAGCUCGAGCUCGAGGGUCCACGAAGGCGAUGGAGGAAGCUUGAUCCAUCUCGGAACGCCGCCGACUCUGAGCUUGCUUGCUUGCUUCGUCGGGGGAGGGCGUCCCCGCAGGAGGAGUGCGGCAUGUCGUUCUGAGAUGCACACGCACACUGCACUGCAGCAGCUGUUGAUUGAUCCCGGUGCCGGGUUGGGGUGGGCGACUCAGUGGGGAGCCUUGUCGGGGCAGUGGAUGUUCCAUCAUCUGAUCUGACCUGUCACCAGAUGCUGCCGCCCGAGUCAUGCUUGCAGACCACGACUGUCAGAGACAAGGAUUGUCUGCCAACCGUGGAACUACCCCGAGAGAGCUGCGGGGCGACACCUCACUUGGCCACUGGAGCAGUUCGGGUGGGUCGGCAACGGCGAGCACAGGAAGAAGGCGAGGCGAGGCGAGCAGUGCGAAUCGUAUGACAGGAGCCGUCGCUGUUGCACAAAAUUGGGCCAUUUCAUUCACAUCACGACGUACGACGAGUCUGUUUGACCAGUGGAGGAGUUGUUGGGCUGCGCGUGGAGCUGCGCAGGCCUGUCGUUCCAGGCAAGCUUUCAUGACUCGUGACAUGGGAGUUGGCUCUGCAGGAGCAACGAGUUCAUGUGGGAGCCGGAACUCCCACAUGGAGGGCUUUUGGAGCCCCCUCCAUGUGCAAGUUCGGAAGAGCCUCGAAUGCUUUAAGUAGUGGUCAGCUCUGGCCUUUCGUCAUAAUUCAGAUCAUUUAUAUGAAUGAUUCAUUCCACAGUCUCUAUUGCCAAGACCGAGAGAAUCCAUUCUUGCUUUUCGAUCCUGGUUUCCUACCUUGAGCUUGCAUCAGAGGUAGGGAAACUCGAUCUGAAAGCAAGAAGAAUCUCUGACUUCUCACCAAGAGGAAUGCAGGCUCUGCAUCGUACAUACGACUCGAAGUUGGCGCAGUUUUUCUUGGGCUUGGCACUGCACGAGGAGAUGAAGUGAACUACCAAUUUAUUCGGGUUUCGUCACGUGUUCAAGUGAAUCUCUGUUCUCCACAGAAAAGUUCACGGUUCCGGCUCGACUUCGUCCGACUUCACCCAAAGCUUGCGUUGUUUCGAGACUUUCUGUGUACCACCAUUUUCGUGUUGUUCACUACUUCGAUUCCAUACUCCAGACAACUCAAGUGCACAGUACCCGGCGUGUUGUUCACUGCACGCCACGUACUCUCCAUUAGUGUUUUGUUGGAGUAUAGACUCCUUCGAGACUUUCUAGUCGACGAGUAAUGCUUGCGUUCACAUCUUCCAUGUUUUGCAGAUUCGUUCCUCGCCCUCAAGGAUCCGAUCCAUGUGAAAAACAACUUUAAACGUUGGAUGACGAUGUCGCCUUAAACUAUAUGAAAAUGAUCCUUUCGCUCUCCGCACCACUAGUCUGGGAAACAGUUCAUCGGAUUUGAAUGCUGUUUUAAUGUUCUUCUUGUUUUUAGUCUUAGGCAUUCCUGGACUUAAGGCUGUGGUCGCACGGAUCACGCAGCGAGCAGAAUGAGACAACCCGCACGUGGAGAUUUAAGAUGUAAACUUCGAGAAGAUUUUCAAAGCUUUGACCAGCGUAGUGUGUUCACUAAUCAACUCUGAUACAGCUGACGACGGUUCUACUUAGCAACUGAAAUGUUCUUCUGAGUACAAUACACAGGUAUUUACUUCACAAAGUAGACCGCCUUCCCUGGUGACACUUUCAG